AUGCCUCUCCAGGGAAAUGAGGAGCGUCUUUUAAAUGUCUUCGCCGACAUUCACUGCUUCUUCACUUCGCCGACUCCUAAGCCGUCGGACCAUCGAUUUGAAAAGGGGUCUUACCUCUACAUUUAUUACGAUGCUUCCACAAGGCAGGCGAGGAUUGAAGUGGCCAACAAUCCCAAUACUCCAGACCAGGAUGCAUUUUAUGGCUAUCUAAACAGCGCGCACAUCCAACACUCUAGUCAUUUUCCCACUCGUUGCUCCCUCACGGUUGAUGGAGUCGCUGGCUCUGUCCAGCAGCAAACGUCGCAGUAUGACUGGCGAUUGCCAGGCAUGGAGUCCCGCAAGGCACCCAACGACCUGCCUCGGAUACACACCGUCGAUUUGUACUUUUGGACAUUAGUCGACGCGAAUCAAUUUCUGGAUGUAAUUGAGCGUAUUUUACCUGCUUCUCAUUUGGCGACAGAUCGGCCGAACGCUGAAAUGGACCAGCCGAUCAGCCCUGUUGUGCAGCAGCUCGAAAGUAUUGCCGUGUCCGACCCGGCAUAUCAAAAUGGCCAGACACCCAAUUCUCGGUCAGAGCCUGCUACUCUUGUGCAGACGCCUCCACACAUCUCAAGCUUGCCACCUCCGCCUGUUGGCGGACCUUCUAGUGACCAAAUAAAUUCUACGGCAUCUCAACCGUCGCAGGGUGAACAACGAGACUCGGCGACCUUUGCACCACUGCCAUACAAUCCUGCAGCACCGGCGGCCCCAGAACCUAUUCAACACCGGGAAAAGACACCUCCACCAGAGGAUGGCUCCAACGGGACUGGUCUGACGGCUGCACUGGCAGCUGAUCAGGGCAUUCCAUAUACGUCUCCCCACCAGAUGGGCAUCAAUCAGGCUGGCACUUCAUUCGCGCCCCCACCAACGUCUACUCCAGGAUUACAAUAUCCUGGAAUGCUGGCCACUGCACCGGUGGGUUACGGGUCCCCACCUCCGAGUGUAGGCCUCACUCAUUCUUCCUCAUUUUCACCUCAGCCAUCUGGGCACAGUGCUGCGCCUUGCCCCCCCUACUCUCAGGUGUUCAGUCAAGGCCAGGUGUGGCCAGGUGGCGCAGCUCAGGGAGCUCCGACAUUUGCCCCUCCUCCGCAAGAUCCAAAUGCCCACCUGUAUACCCAUGAAGUAUACGGUACUCCUCAGUCGCCGCCCCAACAGUCUGGACAAGCAACCCCCAUGUCUAAUUAUUCAAAUUACUCAUACGGACAGCCAUCCGGCAAUGCUCCAGUUUCAUCGGAAUAUGAUAUUCAUACCCAGCUAUAUCGGCCUACAGAGGCCGAGGCCAGUGGGCAUGGCCAAAAGUAUGCGCAAAAGGCAAUGAAAGCACCAGGGCAGCGACCGAGGAGGCUUGAAGAUAAUGCAAUGAAGCUUGAGAAAGGUGUCAAUCGCUUCCUCAAGAAGUUGGAGAAGAAGAUUUGA